CCUAAGAAUGCGAAAAUCAUUCUGUUUACAAAAUCUCUAAUUUGGCGUUGUCGACUUUUUAGUUGAAAAUACGUUGUUUUAGCGUGCCAGAAUAAAUGGCGAAGGAUGAAAGAAAGGAUUUCAUCACCAAGUUAAUAUCUACCAACUUCAACAAUCAUGGGAAUCUUAAAUUCGCCAGUGAAACAGAACUGGACAGUUUUUUGGACGAUGGAAAUUGUUCGACUUUGGUGUCUUAUCUUGACUCUGAGAAACAGAUUCGUUUAGCAAAUUCAAUAAGUGGGGAUACAGCAAAGAAAAAUGUCCUUGUGUUUUUUAAACCAAAACCUGAAACGAUUACAUUACAAAAUCUUCAUACAAAUAUUCUCAUAUCUUCAAUGCCAGAUGCUGUUAAUGGCUUGUACCAUAGUGUACAGAAGGUUUUUGCCCCAAGUUUGCUGAAAGACAACACUAAAGGAUCUCUCAACCCAAACCUACAGAAACUUCUGGUUGAUUUGGAGCAGAGUUUGGGAACCACGAUUCGAAAAUCUCAGUCCAGUAGUCAUGUUGAUAAGAAUCAACCUGAGGAAAAUACUUCAGGUAUCCUUACACCACUGGAUGAAUGCAAAUACUGGCACGAGAUUAGUUUAUCCGGAUCUAGACUUGAUGUACAAGAGAGAGCUCAACAUUUUCUUGAAUAUCUAAAACCUCUCGAAUCACAAUUCCAAAGCAUUGACAGUUUAUCUCUUGUGGAUUGUAUGGAAUUGGUUGAACAACUACAAGACUCACUUGAUGAUAUUUGGAAACAGACAGAGUUUCCAGCUUACCCAGAAGCUCGGAUGUUAAAUUUUCUCACUGUUAUAGGCGAUGAGCUUUGUCGAUUUGCUCAGCGUAAAUUGGACUCUGAAUUCUCAUCUAUUUGGGUUGGACCAUACAUUGCUGUAAGGGAGGGAUUGCGCAACGCAGUGGGUAUUUGUGACAGGUGGAUUACUAUGUGCGCUACAUUAACGUCGAGAAUUUGGAAGCAAUACCCUUCACAUGUAUGGAAUAGUGGCAAAUAUAAAGCUACGAAUGUCAUCAAUUCAAUGACCAGAUUUCAAGAGGUGUGCGACUUACGUACAGUGCACGAACACCUUCUACGCUUGCUGUCAACUACAGACAGAGAGAGGUUAUGCCCCGAUGACAUUCUUGCUAAAACCUUUUCCAAGGUGGCAGCGUUGCAUUACAACUCCUAUACCGAGCCUGUGUGGCGCUCGGCAGUGGCAACUUACGAGCGUGCCAUGCAACCUGCGGAAGACGCCGUGGCCGGUAAAUUAAGGAGGAGAUUGCAUGAUUCUUCCGGGAAGGUGGGUAGUGGUUGCGGUUCAAGGCUAGACGCUGCUACCAUUGCGCAUAAAUUUAUGUAAUUCUUUGUACUUUUU